UUAGGUCUCAAAUCCCUACUUUUCUCUAACAUUUCAUGAAAUUUCAUUGUAGUGGAUGCAAUAUUUAAGUUGUAUGUAAUGUGAACAACGCAACAGUAGUAACGAAGGCAACUUCUCCUAGCAUAGCAAUUCUCUAGUUAUAGGUAAACAUUCGCCACUAACAUUAUAGUACUUUUUACAUUUCUCCAUUUCAAAAUUUUUGUAUCACGUGAAAUUGUUCUCUAUAAAUUUUCAACAUUUUUAAUAAUUGCUCGACAUAUGCUUAUUUAAUCAUACUCCAAGUCUUUAUUAUAAAUAUGCCUGUUUAAAUCCCAUCCUCAAAUUCCUGGAUCCUUUUCUCGAAAGAAAAAAUAAUGGAAAAAAUCAUGAAAUAAAAUUUGAAAUCAUCUCAUUAAAAAAAUGACAGGAAGAAGAAAGAGGGCGAAGAAGAAAAAGAUUGAUGAAAAUGAACUUCGUAGGGAAUUAAGAAAACAAAGAAAAAGAAUGUUAGAAGACGAAGAAUUAAUUAAACCACCGGUAGAGUUACCAGAAUAUCCUGAAGAAAUAAGGAUCGGGGGCGUCGAGGGCGGCGGUACUGAAUCUACACUAGUCAUCAUCGAUGGAAAAGGAAAAGUGUUGACGGAGGUCAAAGGACCGAGCACUAAUCAUUGGGUUCUUGGAAUAGAAGAAACAAGUGCCAGAAUCAACGCUAUGGUGGAAAUAGGAAAACAGAAUAUAGAAAUGUCUGAAAUAAUUCCUUUAGAUUGCUUGGGUCUUACUCUGAGCGGAUGCGAAGAAGAAAAAACUAAUCGUAUGCUUAUGGAAACGAUGCAACAAAAAUAUCCAAAUGCUGCUAAAUCUUAUUAUAUCAAUUCAGAUACUAUGGGUAGUCUUAGAACAGCUUUAGAAAACGGUGGAAUAGUUUUAAUUGCUGGCACCGGUUCAAAUGCCUUGAUGGUCAAUUUAGAUGGAACAACGACAACAUGCGGCGGAUGGGGAUAUUUUAUAGGGGACGAAGGCAGUGCUUUCUGGAUCGCGUAUAGAGCUUGUAAAUAUGUAUUCGAUGAUAUAGAUGAUUUAGUUAAAGCACCUAAACCUAUAAAUUAUGUAUGGCCAGCUAUGAGAUAUUAUUUCAAUGCAACAGAUAGAAAAGAGAUGCUAUCACAUUUUUAUAAUGAGUUUGAUAAAACCAAUUUCGCUAAAUUUGCCAAGGAAAUUGUGAUAGGUUGUGAAAAAAAAGAUCUGCUUUGUUUACAUAUUCUCCAGGAAAAUGGAAAAUAUCUUGCAAAACACAUUAUAGCUCUCGCGAAGAAGGCCCAUAAUGACCUCAAAUUAGCUCACGGAGGAUUAAAGAUUAUUUGCGUCGGAUCAGUCUGGAAAUCAUGGAAUUUUAUGAAGGAUGCUUUUAUAGAUGAAAUCCAUGAAUCUCAAGUUUUGGAUGAAUUAACUUUGAUUCGUUUAAAAGUAACAUCUGCGUUGGGCGCUUGUUAUCUUGCAGCUGAAAAAAUCAAUUGGAUAUUCACAAAAUCCUAUGAAGAUAACAUUGAACCGUUUUAUCACUAUAAGCGCGAUAAUUAUGUAAAAUUUGACGUAACAAAAGAUUUAAUAGAAACUGAAAAUCCCCAAUACAUUCUUUGUAGCACUACGAAUAGGAAUUAUAAAUAAAAGAACAAAUAAUAACGAUGAUUAUAUUUUAUACUUACAUUUUAUAUAUAUCUCUUAGAAUAUCUCUUAGAAUAUUUUCAAUAGCAACAAAUAUAAAGAAAUU